AGACUUUUCAGUCAGCCAAGCCAAGGCCCAAGAAGACCCACCAAAACCAAGAGAUACAUCCAUCUCAAAUCUCGUUGGCGAUUCAGAGAGAAAAAAGAGAGCAGAAAUGGCUCGGAGUAUCUCAUACAUAACUGGGUCUCAGCUAAUCUCUCUGAGGAGUCGCCCAAACAUCGCCAUCAUAGAUGUCAGGGACGACGAGAGGAGUUACGAUGGACAUAUUGCUGGGUCUCUGCACUAUGCCAGUGAUACUUUCUCUGAUAAAAUCUCCAAUCUAAUCCAAGAAGUGAAGGGAAAAGACACCCUUGUCUUCCAUUGCGCUCUUAGCCAGGUUCGUGGCCCAACUUGUGCACGAAAGUUUGUCAAUCAUCUUCAGGAGAUAAAGGAUGAUGCAGGAAUAAAAAACGUCCUGGUUUUGGAACGUGGCUUCAAUGGCUGGGAAGCUUCUGGUAGGCCUAUUUGUCGCUGCAACAGUGUCCCUUGUAAAAGCGAGAAUGCUUAAAAAGUUGCUUAAAGAAAAUCCUUAUUCUGGAAUGAAGCAGAUCACUAUGUUGUGUACAUCUAAAUAUUCAAUUUGCUUAUGUAAUGCAUGUCUAAACAGCGAUAUUCACUUCAUAGUAUGAAAUAUAUAAUCUGUUGCUCUUUGAGUUUCUAUUCA